AUGACAACUCCAAAUCAUGUAGCAAGGGAUUGCCCAUUACUUACUGGGCCUCUCUUGCCUAACUUAUGUUCUCACACAUCAAGUCUCAAAACCCCGAGACUGGUACUGGCGUUGAGACUCAGUAUGGCCGGUGGGCCCAGCUACCGCUUAGAGUUUUUUGAGACAAAUUCACAAGAAACUUCCUGCUUGCUUCAUGAAAACGCCAAAGAAGCCUCCCAUCACUAG